GAUAAUAAAUAAGAUUAUCUUCUGUUCCGUGGAUGUGUUUAUAAACAAACAAUAUAACUUCGCGUAUAUAUGACACCCAGGCUCGAAACAAUAAUUUGUGGAUAAAGCAAAGAGUUGUUCCGUGCCGGAAUCAAACCCGCAACACAUUGCACGGCUGUUAGUUGCCCAACCACCAACCGUUCACCAACCUGGCACCAACCGUACAGUUAAUUCUUUUGAUGCUUUGUAAAUAGUUUUUUUUUUCAUUAUAUAUAAUUAGCUAUCUAUCAAUUUAGUUACAUAGAUUUAAAUGCAAUAAAUAUUAAUCAAUAAGCAAAUUGGAGUCGUAGAGUUCUAGAAAUACAGAAAUAUCGAUAACGUGAAUCGGUAAUCGUAUACAAUAAAGUUACCGAUAUUUCCAGGCCUAGCCUAGCAAGCUUAUUCGUCUCGAACGUAGCUUUGAUUUGACAAGCUUGUCGGCUGCUUGGCUUGUUUGUUUGUUUGAACUCCACAAGAAAGAAAUGACUUAUAAUUUUAAAAGUUGUUGACGAAUCGCGAUAAUUUAUUUACAUUGAAAUGGGUUGUACUCAAAGUGAAAUAUCCCCGCAAAAUGAAACACCAAGAAAAGGUUGCACCGAUGUUUUGUGGCUAAUUAUUUAUAUAUUAUUCUGGAUAUUAAUGAUAAUCGUAGCUGCGAUAUCUUUUGUGUACGGGAAUCCUUUACGAGUUAUUAAUGGAUUUGAUUCUUUUGGGAACACAUGUGGAGUGAAAAGCAACUACAAGCUAACAGCAGCACCUGUGUCUGGAAUAAGUACAAUUGACAAAAAGUAUUUAUUUUUUAUGGACGUAAAAGAGCUUCAAAGGUCUCUGAAAAUAUGUGUGAAAGAAUGUCCUAAUAAGAAAUUGGAGUCUAUGGCUGAUAUACAGAACUUCUAUAAGGAGACUGGAUCUAACCUUUGCCGUUAUGAUAUCAAUUUGAACUCAUUGGCUAGUAAUAGUGAUGUAUCUAACAACUACAUUGGGCCGUGUCCAACACUCCCAGUGUAUGAGACAUUCCCACUGCUAAAUAGAUGUUUCCCUAAGUCAGCAAAAGAACUUACAAAGAAAGUAUUCAAUGACUUUUAUGACCUGCUGAACAGUUGGGAUACUAUUGAGCAGAUGCUCUCAGAUCUAUAUUCAUCAUGGAAGGAGAUGAUCAUUUGUGUCAUUAUUGCAUUUAGUAAGUAUAAUUUUGCAUUUAUGCACCUGACCCAACCCUUGAUUGAUUGUGAUAUAAUCACUAAUCAAUGUUCCAUAUUUAGACUGGGCAAAAUUCAAUUCAUAUUCAAAAUCACUCAAAUUUGGGUUUAUAAUGAAGAAAUCAAUAAGAGCCAUAACUGAGCAAGAUUAAGUGUACAAUACUUAUUCCUACUGCUUUGAAGAACCUAGGGAUAAUGUUGUGUGGCAAAAAUUACUACAAUAACUAUAAACUUAAUUUAAAUGUAUAGAUCACUUAAAAAUAUUGUAUUUCUAACAUAAUGGUCAUGCUCUCCUUGGCUCAAUCUACUUUGUGUUAUUGACUCAGUCAUCAUUAAUCAAAAGAAGGACAAAUUACAAUCAAAUAAUAGUCAAUCUAAUAAUAUCUAUCUCAGUGCAACACCAUCUACCAUCUUAAUUCUUAAAUAAAUAAUUCAAUUUGGCCUUCAUAGAUGAAAUAAGAAAGGAUCUAGCUUAUUUCAAUUUACUGUAGGAAGCUGUAUCAUUGAGCUAUAAAUACACUAAAGUAGGUAGGAGUUAUGAACUGACUCAUUUUACCGGUGAUGUCACUCAACCAAUGCUAAGCUAACAAUUGCUUGAAUAAUUUAGUCUAGCACUCUAUUUAAUUAUGUUGGUUAGGUGCCAGUGUGUUGCCAGUAGUCCUUUCAUUAAUAAAAUGUUUUUCCAUGUAGGUCAUACUACUGUGAAUGAAAAAAAAAAUUAAUUAAUUAUUCUUUUUUCUUUUUUGUUAUAAUUCAAAUCAUGAUGAUGUUGUAAAAAUAGGUGAACAAUGUAAUUUAGGAUUGAAGAUUUUAAUAAAA